AAGAUUCUCACAAGUUUUCAUUUUUAACAUCGAACAUCUUUCUUGUUUGUAGUACCACUUUCAUCCUUCCUGUUAUCCUGUAAACACGCUGUGAGUAAUCACUGAAAGGUUUGCGGUUUUGUUCGGGGCCCAGGGUAAGUUAAAGGAAGACUACAAUGAUAUCCAUCCAUUAUCUAUACCGCUUUAUCAUUAAAGGUUGCAGGGGGACUGGAGCCAAUCCCAGCUGACAUUGGGCCAGAGGCGGAGGCACACCCUGGACAGGUCGCCAGCACAUCGCAGGGCCUACUAUGAUAUAAACAAACAUAAAUACAUACAAAUAUAAUGGAAAAUAUUCCAGUGAAUUUGAAAAAGAUUGUUUAGUUUAAUCUUCUCUUAUAGACUCACAUUUUGUGCAGAACCACAAAAAUUGUCUGCAGCCCAUUUGCUGAAAUGACCAGACCUGGGCUGGCUUCAUAUGACAGCAUCCCUUUUAUUGUAACAUAAGUAAGAAAGGAAGGAUUUAGGAGAAAACAAAGAAAUGAGGAAGGGUGAAAAAAAUAUUUUUGCUGAGAACAUUGCUGUGAGAGCAGAAGUGCCACAACCACCUGUUACGGAAACGCCCUCAUUCAAAAAGCCCACAGGAAGUAUUGCACAUACAUAAGUCUCCAACACCAGCACCAUCUUCAGACUUGAGAAGGGCGAUGUGAAAGAUGCAAGGGCAGCGCCACAUUUUCCUGCUCACCUACAUGGUGGCUCUUGCCAUCCCCCUUUCUUUGGCUUUCAACAUUGAUAUGACAAAUCCAGAUGUCUACACUGGUGAAAAAAAGGACUUCUUUGGAUACAAAGUGCUUCAGUUCAAAUCUGGUUCGGACAAAGGGAUAAUCGUCACUGCACCUCUGCAGUUUAAUGGAUCCGGGGGAGUAUGCAAACCUGACAAAAAGCAAAGCGGCCAGUGCUUCAAUGCUGAAGACAUUACUCUGGAGGACAAAAUCAUACCAGUCAAGCACUUUGGCCUGUCAAUAGCUGCAGACUCCACAAGCUCCGAGUUCACUGUUUGCAGUCCGAGUGUGGCCCAUGAAUGUUAUCAAAACUCCUAUCUAAACAGUGUGUGUUACAAGAUAACAGAUCAUCUUCAGACACACUCCACUUUCAAACCAGCUUUCCAAGAAUGUACAAAAAAGACAGUGGACCUUGUCUUUCUUUUUGAUGGAUCAGGCAGUAUGAAGGAAGAGGAAUUCCAGAAGAAUAAAGAUUUUAUAGAGGAUAUAAUGAAUAACCUUAAGAACACAUCAAUCAAGUGUGCAGCAGUUCAGUUCUCCACAACGCACAGGAGGGUUUUUGACUUCAAUGACUAUCAAGAUGGUAGUGCUCUUCCUAAACUUCGCAAAGAACCCCACAUGGGGAAUCUCACCAACACACACAGUGCCCUCAAAUUUGUGUUGAAACAUAUCCUGGAAAACCCAACAGCAGGUGCCUCUCCCGAUGCAACUAAAGUUCUGGUAAUAAUCACAGAUGGUGAUCCCAGUGAUGGAAACAGAGAUGGGAUCAUUGAACAAUAUGAUAAGAAAAGUAUCAUUCGCUUUGUCAUUGGGGUCAAAGAUGCCAAGAUGGAUAAAUUUAAGAACAUCGCUUCAGAACCAACAGACAAAUAUGCCUUCAAAAUCGAGAACUACAAUGGACUCACAGGAAUACUGCAGGAAUUUCAAAAAAAGAUCUUUAAAAUGGAAGGCUCCAAAGUUGAUCGAGCAGGAGACUUGACUGAUGAAAUGUCUCAGAGUGGAUUCAGUGCUGUCUACCAUAACGAUACCUUGAUCCUGGGUUCAGUGGGAUCAAAGAGCUGGCGGGGCUCUCUCCAAGUGAUCCACGGAAAAACAGAAAUACAAAUUGAAGAUCCUCUCAUGCAGAAUGACUCCUACAUGGGAUAUUCUGUAUCUGUUGGAAAUGCAGAUAACGCUCCGCUAUACUUCACGGGUGCACCAAGAUUUGAGCACACGGGACAGGUUGUAUUUUUCAGACAUGAUGGCGAGAAAUGGGCCGUGGCCCAAAGACUUGAUGGAGACCAGAUUGGCUCCUACUUUGGCGCAGAGCUGUGCUCAGUAGAUAUCGACUCAGACGGUAACACUGACUUCCUGCUGGUGGGAGCUCCUCUGUUUUACCAGCAUCAAGAGAAGAGAGAGGGCCUGGUCUACGUCUACACACUGACUGAUGAGACACAACUGAAAACUGGAUUGAAUGUGACAGCACCAGCCAUGGGCAGAUUUGGCACCGCCAUAUCCAGCCUUGCAGAUCUGAACGGAGAUGGACUCCAGGACAUUGCUGUUGGAGCCCCCCUUGAGGAUGAUGACAGGGGGGCUGUGUACAUCUUCCUCGGUCACAGACACACAGGGAUAGGCAGCACUUUCAGCCAGAGAAUCAUGGGACAGGAAGUUGAACCCGGGCUGAGAUUCUUUGGACAGGCCAUUAAUGGGGGCAUCGACCUCGGGGAGGACGGACUCCCAGAUAUUGUGAUCGGAUCACAGGGCGCCGCUGUGGUUUUGAGGUCCAGGCCUGUCUUCGAUAUCAUGGCACGGCUCUCUUUUCUACCCGAGGAGAUAAGCACUGACUUUGUGGACAAAAAAGAUGAACAUUCACCCAUGGUCAACUUAACAGUCUGCUUCGAAAUGCUCGAAAAGACAAAGAGCAAAGGGGGGGCGAUGAGCUCAGGACUGAACAUCACAUACAUGCUCAAUGUGGACCCAAUGAGGCAAGCAUACCGAGGUUUCUUCGGAGCUGACAAGAAGGACAGGAAUCUUACUUCUACCUACAAUCUGAGCGAUAACGAAACUUGCUUCAUCUACCCAAUCUACAUGCCAAAAAAUGUGAAGGACACAUUAUCACCCAUCAGCAUCAAACUAAACUUUUCCCAAGUCAACAGUGAGAGCUCGAGUGUUGUCCUAGACGCCGACAGUCGCAAGCAGGCUGUUGUUGAGGUUCCCUUUGAAAAGCAAUGUGCAAAAAAUGACAGCUGCAUUGCCGAACUGGUGGUGGAUUUCAACUUGGCGACACCAACUUUAUUGGUCAGAGAGGAUAACUACUUCAACGUGUCCGUAAGACUGUCCAACCAUGGCGAUGACUCGUACAACACCAGCCUCACAAUGUACUACCCGCCAGGCCUCUCCUUCUCCUGGAUGACUCUUACAGAGGAGACGAGACCAACGCUGCACAGCUGUCAGGAUACAGGAGCGCUUGACAAAACUGUAUGUGAUGUCAGCCUUCCUGUGUAUCGCAGCAGAUCUUCUGCAACAUUCAAAACUUCUUUCUACAUCUUGACUGAGUAUGAGUGGAAUGACACAAUCUCGAUGACCAUUACAGGAAGAAGUGACAACUCAAACAUCACCAGCAACAAUUCCCUGACCAAAAUCAUCCCAGUACAAUUUGAAAUUAAAAUGGCAGUAACGGUGAGAGAAGACACCACCACCUAUCUGAACUUCACAGCAGAUGAUGCUGCACCCAAAAGAGUAGAUAUUAUAUAUAAGAUAGAUAAUCCUGGUUUGAGGGGAUUUCCCGUCAACGUGUCCCUGUUCUUCCCAACCAAGCUGGAACAUAACUUUGAAAUGAAGGACUAUCAAGUCACUGUCCCGCAGAACAAAACGCAAUGCAGCGUGGCUGACUUCAAAUCCGAACACUGCCCGCCAGGAGAACACUGCAAAACCAUAGCGUGUGACACUUUCAUCCUGGACAAAGCGUCAGCCACUGAGUUUAUGUUGUCAGGACUGGUACAAUUCAAGGAUCUCAAAAAGCAGGCAGAGAGUAUUGCCUUUCUGAAACGAUACACCGGAGACAGCAGGGAGGUUAAAUUCAAGAGCUUCAUACGUGUCAAGUAUGACAGGCGGCGAUACGUGCUGGAGUCUCGUAAACAAGAGGAAAAGUCUCACGGAAGUGGCUCAUGGAAAGAACACGAGCCAACCAAGAAAUGGACUGAAGUCCGGGUGGAGUCCAUAAUUCUCCCGAAUCGACUGCUGAUCAUUUUAACCGGAGUGGGGGUGGGACUGUUGCUUCUCAUCAUAAUCACACUCAUCAUGUUUAAGCUUGGUUGCUUCAAGAGAAAGCAUUAUUAUCAAGAAGAGGAAAACACUGAGCCCACCUCUGCCCCCACAAACGGGAUAAACAGCCAGUCAGAGACUGAAGGCAAAUCUGACCAGCCAUCAGAGGAAAAAUCGCUUCUCGAUGAUGGUGAGACGAAUGGCAGUGACCCAGCCGCUGAUACAAAGGAAGGACUGGAGUAAAACACAUCAACUGCCAUCAAAGUGGGCUGGCACAUGGCUGAAUUGUAAAGCAGGCAGCGUGCACCUCAUAAUUAGUGAGCAAAAUCACUAAAGGGACAGUUCAUCAUUUUGGCAAAUAGGCUUAUUUGCUUCCUUGCUGAGUUACAUAAGAAGAUAGAUUCAAUAUGAAGCUAGAGCAAGGAGAUGGUUGGUUUGGCUUAGCAUAAAGAUUUGGACACAUGAGUGGAGUGCUGGUCCGGCUCCGUUUAGAAGUUCAGAAAAUCUGUUCAAUUACAUAUUUAUCAAUAUAGUCUAGGACCAGAUUUCACAAUUUCGCCUCAAAGGGUUUUAUGAAACUGUGCAACAAUGUGACACAGAAAUGCUUUAGAUGAUGUUGAUGAUGAUGUGUACAGAACAGACUCACAGUAUGGACAAACAGGAUGGUCAAAUUAAAGAUUGUAAACAUAUAUGAAGAAUACGAUUCGGGAGGAUGUUGAGCGUCUUCCAGGUGCCGCCAACAGACAGGACACGGGCCGCACGAUCUCCCUUCCACCACGAAGACCUGGACGACACAUCAUUCACACACCAUCAGCUCCCAGCUCCUCUGAAGCUCACUGAUUCAAGUUACACCUUCUUUUUUUUGUGUGUGACAAAAAUGGACAGCUUGCCAGACGCUGCGUAAAAUAUGGAAAAAAAUUCCCAAGAGAGAAAAAAAACGACAUGGUUCAUUGUAGCACAUCACAGGCAGCAACUGUGGAGUUGAUAAAAUUGCCAUCCAAAUGUUUUGCAUGUGUCAUUGUAUGUUGUGUUGAAUAAUGUCUUUACUUAUUUGUCCAGAGAAUAGCUUUUGAGUUGAUAAAGUUGCCAUCCAAAUGUUUUGCAUGUGUCAUUGUAUGUUGUGUUGAAUAAUGUCUUUACUUAUUUGUCCAGAGAAUAGCUUUUGAGUUGAUAAAGUUGCCAUCCAAAUGUUUCGCAUGUGUCAUUGCAUGUUGUGUUGAAUAAUGUCUUUACUUAUUUGUCCAGAGAAUAGCUUUUGAGUUGAUAAAGUUGCCAUCCAAAUGUUUUGCAUGUGUCAUUGUAUGUUGUGUUGAAUAAUGUCUUUACUUAUUUGUCCAGAGAAUAGCUUUUGAGUUGAUAAAGUUGCCAUCCAAAUGUUUCGCAUGUGUCAUUGCAUGUUGUGUUGAAUAAUGUCUUUACUUAUGUCCAGAGAAUAGCUUUUCCCAACAUUUUCUCACAUACUGUACGUGUAAGGUUGACAUUUUAUUAAAAUUAUGCCAUCAACUGAAUCUACAAUUUCCACUUUA